AUGCUGUGGAGGCCUCUGGACCUCAUGGAGAACCUCAGUAACAGAUGGUCCUAUGGGUUUGCCUUCGAGCUGUAUCCUCAGUGUCUUGCUUCUUUUCUCAGAGAAUUACAGACCUUCAACGUUCCACCCUGGCCAAAGUUCGUCAUCGUGGUUGUGCUGUCGGCCCUGCAGAGGAGAUCCAGACACCUGCCCAUUGAUGAGAAGCUCCCCUUUCUCAACAACCGCUUUGGCAUUGUUGUGCCUCUGGACCUCAUGGAGAACCUCAGUAACAGAUGGUCCUAUGGGUUUGCCUUCGGAGCUGUAUCCUCCAGUGUCUUGCUUCUUUUCUCAGAGAAUUACAYGACCUUCAACGUUCCACCCUGGGCCAAAGCUUUUGUGUACCUUAUGGGUGCUCUCGAGGUGGGCCUGGCCUAUUUCCCUUUCUUUGCGUGUCUSUCAACCCCUUGCCGAGAGUUUGGGGCUGUUCUGGGAAUCCUCUACUCUUUGACAUGGAUAAUCAUCACGCUGUGGGAUACAGUGAAUGUGUCCCACUGGUAA